AUGGCCUCGGAUCCAAUUUCGUCGUCGUCGAAAUUGAACACACCAUCGUAUACGGCGUCGCUAGCUUCCUCGUCGGCUGCGGCGCCGAGUGACGAGCCUUUUCUGGCCUCCAUGUCCGGCACCUCUGCAGCGACCACCACCACCUUCUCGUCGUCCGUCUCACCCAUGGCGAACCCGCUCUUGGACGACGAUGACCAGCACGCCCUUUCUGGUUGGGCUAGGACGCUGCAAUACUCGCCCCAGAUCUUUCCCACCUUGUAUUCGUCGUCGCUCGCGCACUCCGAUUCAGGUCUCGGCAAUUUCGGCCUUGAUCUCGGCGACUCUGCCAUGAUGGCCGGACCUUCAUCGUUCAAAUCGGUUGUGGGGUUCGCUGACUCGCCCCUCCUCGGUCCAAGUUCGAGAUCGAAUAUCGGCGAUGGACUUGGUUCCCACCUACAACCGCCAUCGCAACCAACGAAUGCGGCGAAUGGAUCCAUGUUGCCGUCGGGCGACACCUCCUUGUCCGACUUUGACUCGUUUGCCUCCUCCUUCAAUUUCGACAGCUCGCUCUUCAACGCCGUCCAAACACCACAAACGAUCGAAGAAAUACACCGAUUGUUGAACGAAGUCGCAUUGACUACACCCGCGUUGUCAUCAACGAUCGCGAACGGGUUAUCGGAUCCGAUUCUGCAGACCCCGCCUCGACCCAAGGAUGACUCAGAGAUCCGUGCCUACGCCAAGCUCGAAUUUGCGACGUCGGAUUUCUACAUCCAGAAACUCAGCGUGGUUGUGGGACGAAGACCUGCUGCUGCGAUGGGCACGUCGGCCUCCCCGGCUCCGCUAGGCUUGACUGGGAAUGGUAGCAGCAUCAAGCUCGAGGACUUUUCUAUGGAAGCUGGGGAGACGCAGAUUCUGUUGAGGGAAGGCACCGAGGCAGCCAAGGGGGAUACCCUUGAUGGAAGAAAUGAUGCAUCAACAUCGGAGACUAGUAUUCCCGUCCCACAGAUCGAGGUCACACCCAAUAGCCCGGGCCCAUCGAUUGGAGCCUCGCAACCACAAUUCGCAACCGGUACCGACAUCUCGGCCACAGGUCCUGCCUCGACAUCCAAGCCAAACGGUACCACCCCAAUCGAAAGACAAGAUUCGAACUUGAGCGCCAAGGGCAUAACGACGCCCGCCUUGGCGGAUAUCGAUCUUGGGCCUAUUCGCGCCGUCUCGCGACAUCACGCUCGGAUUUACUUUAGCGAGAAGAAGGGGCGUUGGAAAGUUGAGGUGUUGGGGAGAAAUGGGGUCGUUGUUGAUGGGCAGUGGAAGGGGAAGGGAGAGAGAGCGACGUUGAAGCAUCGGUACGCACUUCGUGUCGCGAGUCUUCGAUCCAGUCUAUCGGGCUCAUUCUUUCCCGAGCACAGAACCAAGGUCCAGAUCGCUGAGCGCGUGUUCCACUUCGUCCUUCCCGCUGCGGAGAUUGCAUCCUCCCUCGAAGUCUCGCCCGAGAAGAAGAAGAAAAAGGCCACUUCCAAGAACCGAGCUUCUGGCGAGCGUGCGGGCUCCGAAGGGGAAAGCGAAGGGCAUUCGUCCUCGUCGUUGUCGGACGUCUCGGAAAGCGAUAUCGAACUCUCGCCGCUCCUCGAUACUAAGACUGAACUCGUCGAAGAGGCGACAACAUCGAAUACAUCACCUUCCAAGAUCCGACUCACACUCAGCCUCGGUCCUGGUUCGAGGGCGUCGACUCCGGAUUCUUCGAAGGGUACAACUAGCAUGGCACCUCCACCGCCUCGGAAACUUACGCCAAGUGCUUCUCCGGCGGCAGGCGGUUCGUCACAGCUCACACUGGCCACCGAUCUCAACGCUGCGUUGGGAAACUUGUUGGCUCUACCUCCACUGCCACCUCUACCUGAUCUUCCUACUCUGCCCACGAUUCUCGCGCCUUCGGUCCCCGAGCCCUCCAAACCCGAGCCUUCGAAGCCUGUGCCAUCGAUAUCUGCGCCCUCGACGUCCGCCACCUCGACACCCGUCUCUAUCACUGCAACUGCACCUGCACCUGCACCUGCACCUGUACCUUUGAUUCCCAUACCUCUCACACCUAUGCCUUCAACAUCUGCAGCGACUGGAAGUGGCGCAGGCGGAGGGCUCGGAAAGGGGUCCGGGCGGGGCAAAGGAGGCAAAGGAGUCACAGGAGGCAUAGGCGGCAAGGGUGGAAAAAGCGGCAUGGUCAGCAUGCAUAUGGGAGGCAAAGGAGGAAAGGGUAAAGGGAUGGGCAAGACCAUCAUCCCGGGCAAGACUAAGUUUCCUCAUGGACUCGUGCGCGCGGACGCGGGAUCAGAUUCGAGCUCGGACAGUGAUAGUGAUGAUGAUAGUGACAAGGAUAGCAACACGACUGCGAUUGCUGGGGCGUCGUCGGAUGAUGAGCGGUCGGGGGUAUUGCAUGUCGGGAAGGGACCAGGCAAAAUGCCGCUGCCUCGGAAAGCCCCGCGGAAGCAUGGGAAGACGACUACCGAACCUGCGCCCAUUGCUCUCAAGCAACUCACGCCUUCGACUUCGACUCCUGCACCGAUUUCCAAUGCUAGCACCGCGACCGCAACCCCUCUCCCAACCCUCCCGGAUCCGUCGUUGUUCGCCUCCCUACCAGACCUACCGACUCUGCCAUCCCUGCCUGGUGAGGCACAUAAUGCAACGGCGGGAAAGACGCUUGCGCAAUUACCGACACCGACGACCUCGAAUGGAACCGCUGCCCCCAUCCGUGUCCCCACCCCCUCUCCUGCACCUGCCCCUGCCCCUAUUCGAACCCCAGCUUUGAAUACAAGCGCAGGUCCCGCCACAUCACCCGCUGCGGCGGUAGAUUCCACAUCUGGUCCCUCACUCGUCCGCCCGCCCACAGACGGCGCGAUCGAUUCUGCAUCCGCGACCGCCGAUUCAUCAGCUCCCCCACCCUCCUUCGUCCCGAAGCCACCCACCCCAGCUUACGUCGCCGCCGCCGCUGACCCCUCCAUCCCGACCUCUCGUCUUCCACAUACCCCGGCACCGAUACUCAAGGCGCCCCCUCGACAUGCUCCGUUCCAACCCGCGCCGAUGCCGGAAGGCGACCCGCCUCACGAGGCGCCAGCUCACGACCGAAACAUGAAACCCCCUUACACGUACGGGUCUUUGAUCGCGCAAGCCGUUUCAGAAUCGGAGCACAACAAGAUGACGAUGUCACAGGUUUACGAUUGGAUUGAUCGAAGGUGGCCUUUCUUCAGAGAUAAUCAGCCUGGGUGGCAGGUAAGUCGGGGUGCCUCUUACAGUGCUCCACGAUUCCCGAAUUUCUGACAUUGGAUUCCAACAUUUAUCCUUUUGACAGAAUUCUGUGCGCCACAACCUCACUCCAGCGCGUGGAUUUGUCAAGAUCGACCGACGGCCUGACGAGCCCGGCAAAGGUGCUUUCUGGACCGUCGAUCCUGCUCAACUGUCCAACUUUGAUGGCCUUCACUACAGAAAGAAGAACCUCGGCGGGGCUACCAGACCCAAGCCUGCGGCACCUCCGGUCAUGGGCUCGUUCGCUCCCACGUCAGGUUCGACAACAGCUCCGACAGCGACUCCGACCUCCUCGGGUGUCUCUGCGCCGAGUACGAACACGGGCUCAUCCCUGGGUAUGGGCAUAAAUGCGGGCUCGGCCAUCACUCGGCCUCCACCUCCGAACCCACCUAGCACGGGUCCUGCACUUUCGGUCCCGUUACCCAUCGUCGUCGGCCCGAUUCCCGAAACCUACGUCCGACCUACACCUCCACCGAGCUCAGCCCCUCCCGAUGAAAUCACCGCCGCUCUGCUCCGAGACCCGCCGAUCGUACUGCACGAAGGCAAACUCAUCAUCAAUCCGAUCAUCUUCGCGCACCUUUCCAAAGAACAACUCGCGAAUCUCGAGACCCUACCCGCGAGUAAUGCGCUACAAAUCCUUCAGGCUUACGUCGUGCAGCAUUUCAAAGAGAAGAUGAAGCGCAUUGCGGAUGAGAAAGCGGCGGCCAAGGCACGGGCUGAGAAAGCGGCGGCGGAAAAACUUGCGGCUGAGAAGCUCGUAGCCGAAGCUGCAGCUGCGAAGAAGGCGCUCGAUACAGCUAUUACGAGUCCAUCCCCUGCACCAACGACGACGAAGAAGGCAGGGUCCCCGACGCCGGGUUCGAAGGAUGCUCCGAAGAAACCGACCGCUGCGGCUAGUGCAUCGACACCUUCGACCUCCGGUAAGAAGCAUCCUUCGAGCACGGCCGCAUCAAAGCGAAAGGCAGCCGACGAUGCCUCGUCAUCCUCCCAUGGGGCUAGCAAAGUUUUGAAGACUGAGGAGGGCCAAACAACGAAGAAGUGA